CAUUACAGCCCGCGGCUCCGAGAGACACCAUCUAACCUCCCCGCCUGUCCCGAGUCUCCUCUCGGACAUCUGACCCAGACCCUCCGGGAGCGUCCUCCGCCCGUGACUGCCCGCCGGCCUGUCCUCACCUCCGCCUGCGCUCCCUGCCCGCGCCAGCCAGGCUUUCAGCAGCUGGGGUAGGACUCAUCCCAGCCUUUGAGCCCCAGGGGGAGAGGGGGGAGGGAAAACACAUGGGGGCCAGGCAGUCCAGGGCCGGUUGCAAGGACAAGGGCCCCGGGAGGAUGGGCUGCCUGCGGAGGAGGCAGAAGUUGUCCGCCUGGGAUGAUGCCCUGCUCUCGGGAAGGGACCCCCGGGCCCUGCUGAAGCGGGGCCUGCGCCACAUCAGCUUCAGCCUGGUCACCAAGGGGAUGACGGACAUCCCCGACUUCCUGUGGGGCUUGUCUGAGGUCCAGAGGCUCAAUCUGUCUCACAACCAGCUGCGGGUUGUGCCCCCCGAGGUGGGCCGGCUGAGCAGGCUGGUGGUGCUGAACCUGUGCGGGAACCACCUGAAGAGCCUGCCCGCGGAGGUCAGCCUCCUGCAGGGCCUGAAGGUGCUGUUCCUGAGCCUGAACCGCCUGAGCGAGCUGCCGGCCGAGCUGGGCGCCUGCAGGAGCCUGGAGGUCCUGAGCGUGUCCCACAACCGCCUCUCCCAGCUGCCCGCCAGCUUCGCCGACCUCUCCCGGCUGCGGAAGCUGAACCUCAGCAACAACUGCUUUGCUCACAUCCCCGCCUGCGUGUUUGCACUGAGGGAGCUGGAUUUCCUGCACGUGGGCUCCAAUCGCCUGGAGAACAUCGCCGAGAGCAUCCAGUGCCUGGGCAGCCUCCAGGUCUUCAUCGCGGAGAACAACAGCAUCCACUCCUUCCCGCGCUCGCUCUGCCUCCUCGCCAGCCUGGAGGUGCUGAACUUGAACGGCAAUGACAUCCAGACCCUCCCGGAGGAGCUCUACCUGCUGUGCAGACUGGCGAGGAUCGCGUGGAACCCCAUGGACAAAGGGCUCCACAUUUCCCAUAACCCGUUAGCCAAGCCCCUGCCCGAGCUGGUGGAGGGGGGCCUGGAGAUGCUGGUCAGCUACCUGAAGGACAGAAGGCACAGCUGAGUGGCCGCGGAGGCGGGAGCAGCAGCCAGCUCGCCGCACUCUGCCCACGGGGUACUUCUCCAGUGCGAGCUUUCUCCUCUUACUGUUGGGUUGGUCAAGGCGUGUGUUAAUAUUUGCUCAGUUGUAGUUGAGUGGCAUUCUAGGCAGGGGUUUCUAGGCAGGGGUUUGCUUUGAACUCUGUAUGUUCCUAAUAACCCCAAAAUAUGGUCAUCUCAUUCUAAAUAUAAAUGGAAACAGGACUUCGGUUUUCUCCAAAGAGAAAUAAUUGCUCUAAUUUUCCUGAGGAGCAAUGGGACUCGGCCCUUGGAAUAAUGGUCAGCAGGUCUGAUUCGAUGGAAUCCAAAAGUUAAAUAUUUACUAAGUAUGUGCCAAGGAUGGUGUGAGGCAUUGGCAACAUCUGGUGUCAACCCUUGAAUUGGCAACCGGAGGCCAGGUAGCAACAGCAAGACACGCUCCUGCACCAGCCUGGACCAAGCCUUACUUGGGACCAAAGGGCCAGCUGGAGCCCUGCCCUUCUGGUGAUGACCAAGUUAGGCAGAGCCUUCCCCUCGAGUUCAGGGGGGAACAAUCAGAGGAAACUUGUCUCUAAAAUGACUGUAGAGUAACAAUCAAGCUGCUCAGGUUUACGUGUGGCGCUGAGUGACUGGCUCAUGAUGGCUUUUAGAUAAUAAAAACAACCCAAUUUUAAUGUGCAGUUUUAACCUUCUUUCCCAAUCCUCUUGACCAUAGUCAUGUCCCUGAGUUUUCCUAAAGAUGCCAGCCAUACCUGUCAUCCUUUCUAACUUCCCGUCUCCUCCCUUACUGGGUCUGCCCUCUCAGAGAUGAGAUAAUAAUUGAGGAAAAAGAAAUGGCCUAAAGGCAGGAAAAAGGAGGUAAGGCAUAGACAAGUCACACACAAAAUGUAAUUGCCCUUCUAACAUUCAGGGGAGGGCGAUAUUUGCCACUUGGCUUUCACUUAUGAACAUUUAAAAAGGACUUUAGUGACAUUUUUUUAAAGCUCUUUGGACAAAAGGUGUAAAAUAUUACAUUCGUUUUGUUUUUAAUUAUAAGAAUACACAGCUGUUAGUUAAAUGUGAUAGCAGGACGAGCAAUUUUAGAGUUCCUGCCACAGGGGUCACUAAGUCUUAUAGCCGAGAGCCCCUAAAACAUUUACUGUGUAUUAAGAGUUAAAGAAUUAGGAUGAAGAGGUGGCAGUGAAGAAAGUACAGCCCCUGCAGGUCAAUGGAGAGCCCACUGUUCAAGUGUCUUGGCACUUUUGACUGUAGAAUAUGGCUAACUAUUUUGAGACAGAAUUUGGGUUUGCUGCCAAGACUUGUCUAACUUCUUAAUACCCCUUGGCUUAAUUCAGUUAAACUUAUGUUUGUUAGCACCAUCUCUUCACUCCCGUGGGCCGGGAACCCGAGAGGAGUAAAGCUCUGCUCCUCCUACCAAGGAGCCCACAAUGCGGUGAAAAGGACGGAAACCCACGUGGGUUCCUGUGAUGUGCAGCAAGCUGUGAUCCCUCUCGAGAGAAAUGUAAGUGACGGGUGGAGGGAGGGGAACACACUGGAUGGUGUAGACUAGACCAUGCCCCAAGGUCUCAAUAAACAAAGAACAGUAACUAAAAAAACAAACAAACAAAAAAACAGGACUGGGAGAAAUCAGUCAAACCCUUAUCCCCUGCAGCCAUUGCACCCUAAUUCCUCCCUCUCCCCCUUUAUUCCCCGUGGGAAAGAGCAGCAAAGGGCUGGGGCACUGGGUCUGAGCACAGGCAGGUUUAGUAUGGAGCUGCCAUCUUCUAAGAGCUGCUCAAAGAGGGUCCAUAUCAUUUAUUAAUAGGAUAGGUGAUUUUCCAAACAGACUUCCAAGUCAAUUUCCCACUCAUAGAAGACGAAAGGUGUUAUCAUCAGAUAGGAUAGGUCAUUAGCACAUUUGCGCAUGAGCUCUCUGUCAAACCAUUGCAAACAGAUCUUACCAGUGUCACUGGCCGGCAGCUGAAGUCCCCUCUUAAAGUCCCCCUCCAGCAGCAACCGGAGACCUGCCGCUCCCUGCCAGGCACACACGGGCACACUCCAGUAUCUUCACCCACAUUAGCCUGCCAGAGCCAAGACUAUUUAAAGACAUCAGUGGAGGUUUUACUUGACCUCAUGACUCAGUGGGAAAUUGCAGGGCGAGCCUCUGCAGGAUCACUUACCGAGCGCUGGCUGGAGCACAGGCAGCUGUCAGACAGACACCAGUGGGUGCCAGAUCACGCCUGUCCGUGGCCACUGCUGAAGAACCAGUUGGGCUCCCGCUGAAUUUCCAUGAUCUUGCUGUGGGUGGAGAGGCUGGCCGGGACAGCAGCACCCCAGUUCUCCUGCUGAGCAAUCAUUUUAUUUCCUCUCCUUGCUUUUCCAGUCACUUGACCCCAGAGUAACUUUAUUCCAGAAAAAGAACCUAACCAUAUAUUGAAAGUGACCCAAGAGCUCAUUAUACUUUUUAUGUGGAAAAAAAAAAAUAAGUGUUAUCAACAUAGUGUCAGGCUUCCAUUGGUGCUUUUCAAAGAGUAUAGCAGCAAGGUUCUCUUUGUUAACAUUUAGCAUUGAGGAAAUCAUAAAAGUAAUAGUAGUUGCCUAAUGUUCUUUAGAUAUUGAUUCUUUGUGAAUGCUCCUUUUUAUUGAUAAAGGGAAGUGCUGAUUAUAAUCUGCUUAGUUAUUCAAAACAGGAAUGUGGAUGCAGUUUGAUACUGCCUUCAGUGUUUCUCUGUCAAACCUACAGUUUGCUGAUUGACUGUGAAGUGCUUCUUGCGUAUCUUGUCGUAGUUCAAAUACUGCCACAUUCAAAUAACUCCCAGGUAUUUCUAAGGCUUCUGAAACCAAAGCACUGGAGAUGACUGCAUUGGCUGCGGAAUAUAUUUAGCCAAAGAAUACCAGCUAAUUGGGAGCUUGGUGCAGGAGCUGGCUGCUCACAAUCUUGAUGAUACUGUGGUUUUCAUGUCACUUGGCUCUCGGUACGGAGCAAUCUCAGUGGUGUGUUCAGAAACACUAUUUAAUGCAGUGGCAGCUUACAAGCAUACAAUUAAGAAGAAAUCCUAUGUUCAUAGGAAAGAAAGACAGCUUUGAAAAGACACAUCUGUUCCAGGAAAAAUACUGCUAAAUGCAUAAAACUGAUGUGUAUUAGAAAGAAAAAUGUAGUCAUUACUUAGC